AUGAAUGAUAAAAUAUUUGAUUUAGUUGAAGAAGAAUUAAAGAGUUUAAAAACUAAAUUCAAUGCUUUUGAACAAAACUUUGAAAAUAUUAAAAGCAUUUCGGAUUCUUUAAAUGAAUUCAACAGUUUUUUUGCUUCUUUUCUAUAUGGAAUGAAAAUGAAUACUCACUGCAUUGAAUUUCCCGAGGCAUCGGAGGGUCACUUAUCUAAUAGAAAUACACAAUAA